AGUAGACAAAAUCUCGGAGCAAACUGCCGCUGCUGGUGGUGGUGGUGGUUUCGUCGUUUCGAUACCCCGAGUCGUGACGUCCGAGCUUUCCCAAUAAAAUUCACCGCCGUACGCUCUUCAUCUACCUAAGAAUCUUUUUGCAAAGUCAAACGUCUAAUCCAUUCAUUGUUCAUUCCUCGGAGAACACAUCUGAAGGUGAAAGGGCCAAUAGACAAGAGGAAUGAUCAAGGGCGCGUUAACAUUUAUGGAUAUUAAUAUAAUUAACUUGAAUAGCAGAAAACAAUCAAUAGGAAAUACGAAUCUUAUCAAGAAUACAAAUUCCCUGCCAAUGACCAAGGGUGAAGUUCAAGCUAAUAAUUUAGAAGUGAAGUCAACAAUGCGGGCUCCCUUUGUUAGGUCUCUCGAGAUGAAUGUCGAGAAAACCAAGAACCCCGAGCAACUGACUUUGGUGUGGAAAAAGAAAACAAGGCGGAGAAACAGGAGGAAGAAGCCAAUGGUAGUGCAAAAUGAUACUUUAGUUCAAGAGCUGCCUGAGACAGAAGAACAGAUUAGUGAUGUCCAUUUGAGUAUCAUAUCUAAUUUAAGUCUAUGCAACGGAAGAAACAACAAGGCAGUAGCUAUUCCAUCAGGAACUGUUAGGACUUUAAACAAAGUAAAUGGCGACUCGGGGAUUUGUAACACCUCAUUUCCAAGAUUGCCUUCCAGUCGCUUGAGGAAAAAGCUUCUCAUUCUUGAUAUAAAUGGAUUGUUAGCGGAUAUAGUUUCUCCUCCUCCAAAGGACCACAAAGCAGACACAAAAAUCGCAAGACGGGCAGUCUUCAUGAGACCUGCUUGUCAUGAUUUCCUGAAGUUCUGUUUCGAGCGAUUUGAAGUAGGUGUUUGGUCUUCAAGAUCCGAGAGAAUUGCAACAAGGGUAAUUGAUUAUCUAAUGGGAGAUAUGAAGCACAAGUUGCUGUUUUGUUGGGAUCUGUCCCAGUGCACUGCAACUGGGUUCAGAACUCUUGAAAACAGGCAUAAGACCUUGGUUUUCAAAGAGCUGAGGAGACUUUGGGAAAAACAUGACCCUAAUCUUCCAUGGGAGAAGGGAGAAUAUAACGAAUCAAAUACUUUGUUGUUGGAUGAUUCCCCUUACAAAGCCCUGCUUAAUCCCGCAUACACUUCAGUCUUCCCUCAUCCUUACAAGUUUAGUGACGGGAUUGACAGUUCGCUAGGUGCUGGAGGUGAUCUUAGGGUCUAUCUGGAAGAAUUGUCUGCAGCCAAAGAUGUUCAGAAGUUUGUAGAGAAAAAACCAUUUGGUCAAAUGCCUAUCACUGAAAACAGCGCUUCUUGGGACUUUUACCUUGAGGUUAUUACUGCAACGUAUUCCUUGCCAACCUCAAUUUAGUGUCUGUCAUCUUCAAUUGAAAGUCUCGAACCUCCGCAAAUCUUCUAUACCUUAUGUUUUCGAUCAAGGAUGGAUUACGAAGGAGAAUUCUGCCAUCAAUACUUUCAUAAAUGAAAAGCUGGCAAUUUGUUAAAAUAGUUACUGAUUGGAGAAAUGCCAACACAGAAUACUGCAACUGAAGGUUACCAAAUUGUAACAUUCUUUUUGGUGGAUAUUGACCUUCUGGUGGAUAUCCAUUCUCAUCUUGGUCAAUAUCUCACUGUGUUCAUUAUUUUUUUUGGUCAGUGAAUAGUAGAGUUUUCACUUGGCAGAGAUGGCUUCUAAUGAUACUUCUGAGAGUCUAAAAUUUGAUAUAACUUUAUGAGGAAAUGGAGGCUGCAAAUGAUACUUGUGAUUUGUGACCAUCUGUUUUGGGCAAUAUACUUUUGGA